AUGCUCAGUAACAACAAUGGAAAAAGUCUUAAUAAAGAAAAUUCACAACGAGAUCGAUUAAUAAAACCAAUUGAUCUUUCCUCGACAUCGACUGAUAUAUCUUCACCGACGAAUGACCAAACACCGCCGCCUCCACCAAUCUUGUCAGCACCUUCGUCAUCAUCAUCAGCUCUCCCGACAGCUGCAUCAUUGAACUAUUUUCAUAUAAAGAAUAUGAUCGAAUUAACUGUUGAAAGUGCUCGACUGAGAGAAAAACAACUGGAAAAUGAAAUUGUUGAUCUACGCAAUGAAUUAACAAAAGAACAAGGUUCGCGGCAAAAACUUGAACAAGAUAUUCUGGAAUUACGACGUAUUCGAAAUGUGCUUAUUAAAAAACUAAAACGCCUUAAUCGAUCCUCAUCAGCCACAGGAAACUGUUCUAACAGUAAUGGUGAUACUAAAAACGAAAUAUCAUCAUCAUCAUGA